GAGACGCUCCCUAUUUGAAGUGCACACAUAUAUAUUUUUUGUUCCCCCUCCUCCGAUGGAUGAACAAUGGAGAAGCCGUCAGCCGAAAUUUCUGGCGACCCUCCUCUUUUCCCACGCGCAGCAUCAUUGUUGACGAUGCCCUCGCUGCUGUUGUUGUUUUUGUUGUUGUGUGGGAGGCCAGGGACGGGCCUGAAGCGCCGCUAGAAAAGCGCACUCGUCUUGCUUGCCGGUCCUUGCUUCUUGUCCUCUCCGGAGCGAGCAGAUGUGCGCGGAGACAUGGUGACGCUCCCGGCUUUGGCGCACUACUGGCCUCUGGUGCGGUUCCUCGUGCCGCUGGCCAUCACCAACAUCGCCAUCGACCUCGGCGAACAGGCUUUAAACAGAGGGAUCGCAACAGUCAAAAAGGAUGCAGUGGAAAUGCUGGCCAGUUACGGUCUGGCCUAUUCCCUGAUGAAGUUCUUCACCGGGCCUAUGAGCGAUUUCAAGAACGUGGGAUUGGUGUUCGUCAACAGCAAACGCGACCGGAUCAAAGCCGUCUUGUGCAUGGUCGCCGCCGGAACUAUAGCCAUCAUCUUCCACACGCUGAUAGCCUAUACAGACCUCGGCUACUACAUCAUUAACAAACUGCACCAUGUGGACGACUCGGUGGGCAAUAAGACCAGGAAGGCUUUUCUUUACCUGGCUGCAUUUCCUCUACUGGAUGCCAUGGCCUGGACUCAUGCUGGAAUCCUACUAAAGCACAAGCAAAGCUUCCUGGUUGGCUGCGCCUCCAUCUCUGAUGUCGUAGCACAGAUUGUUUUUGUGGCUAUCUUGCUGCACAGUCAUUUGGAGUGUGUGGAGCCAUUGUUGAUUCCCAUCUUGUCUCUGUACAUGGGAGCCCUGGUGCGUUUCACCAUUGUUGGACUGGGCUACUACCGAAACAUUCACAACAACAUCCCGGAAUCCAGCGGCCCUGAGGUUGGGGGAGAUGCCACUAUUAAAAAGAUGCUGAAUUUCUGGUGGCCCCUGGCCCUGAUCUUAGCCACACAGCGGAUCAGCAGACCCAUCGUCAACCUGUUUGUGUCCCGUGACCUGAAAGGCACCGUUGCAGCCACUGAGGCAGUUGCUGUUUUGACAGCCACAUAUCCUGUGGGUCACAUGCCCUACGGCUGGUUGACUGAACUCCGUGUUAUCUACCCUGCCUUUGACAAGAACAACCCAAGCAAUAAGUUGGCAAACUUUGGUACGACGGUCUCCAAGUCGCACAUCAAGCGUUUCACGUUUGUCUGUUUGGCUCUGUCGAUCACGCUCUGUUUCGUGGUUUUCUGGACACCACACAUCUCUGAGCGGAUCCUGGUGGACAUCAUAGGCGUGGACCAUGCCUUUGCUGAGCGCUGUGUUGCCCCAUUACAAAUAUUUUCUUUCUUUCCUAUUCCAGUGACGGUGCGUGCUCACCUAACUGGCUGGCUCAUGACCCUGAAGAAAACCUUCGUCCUGGCUCCGAGCUCUGUGCUGCGAAUCAUCGUUCUCAUCACCAGCCUCGUCGUGCUGCCCUACAUGGGGGUGCAUGGAGCUACUCUGGGGGUUGGAUCUCUCUUAGCUGGCUUCCUCGGAGAGUCUACAAUGGUAGCGAUUGCGGCCUGCUACGUCUACCGGAAGCAGGGAGAGAGCAAAGGAAAGACAGAAGAAGAAGAAAGAUUGUGAUGGGGAGGUGGCCAUCGAGGGAGAGGACUCGGCUCCUAUGAACGAGGUGCGCUCUGGCCGCCGGAUAAAUGACGUCGUUGAACUGAAGGAGGAGGACGAGGAAGAAGAGUGACCUGGUGAUUUUUAGGAGACGUCAGCCUCACGCGCAUUCCUCCUGGUUAUGUUCAGUGCUUGUGGGAGGACGUGUUGAGGGGGGGGGAUCCAGGGAUUUUUUUGCUUUGCAGGGCAGUGUUUUAAUCGCUUACUGCCCCCUGUUGCUGCUCUUUCCACCUGUGCAGUGUGCACAUGGAGUACGCUUGAAAAGGGAGCCGUAGUUAGAAAUCACGAAAGACAGCAAGGACACACAUUCCUAUUGUAUUAAAUGUCAUUCAGCCACACACGUGUGUGUGCGUGUGUGCGUGUGUGUAUCUCAGUAGAUGUUUUGCAGCUGUUGUCGGGAAUCUCUACGUGACGGACAGUCAAGAUAUCGAUUUGUACCAAAGCUACUUGUCGCGUGUUAACUGCUUUUCAUCAGUGCUCUGAGCUCUACUGUGCUGCCGUCCUAAACGUUUAUGAACCCUGAUCUGGAAAGAAAAUACAAAAAUAUUACACACACACACACACACACACAGUAACUUCAUCUUCUUGGAAUGUGAAUAUCUUUUGGUUGUUAUUUUUUAUCUCGCAUACACCGCAGAAAGUAAAGAGAAGAUAUGAAUUUUCCAGGAACUCUAAACCCGACUGUUGCUGCACAGCUGAGACCUUUUAUGCUAGAAAUGUUUCAAAUAGAGUUAAUUAUACAGUCGCACACAAAUAUACAUCUUUACAUGGUCAGAUUUUUUUUUUUUUUUUAAAUCAGGUUGGAGUGUGCAUUAGAUUAAUAACAUGAGUAAAUGAAUAAGGAAAUGGCUUCAGAGUGACAAGUGGGUGAAGUGUGCGGGCCAUUUUAGAGGCACUAUUUUUUAAUAUGCAAUGUCAUAGAUGUAUAAACUCUGGUACCUUUUUGUAUGGGUGAUGUGAAGUCUGUGUUUGGUGGGAAAGGGAAGGAGGAUAUUGCUGUCCGUUUGCUUUACAUGCUCAUGUCUGUUGCAGUAUUUUAAAAAGAAAAUAACAUUUCAUUUGAGCUUUUUUUUUUUUUUUCUAUUAGACAUUCUGUUCUUAUGUCAUCUGAAAAAAAAAUAUAUAUAUAUAUUAUAUAAACUAGGUAUGAAAAAUUUGGGAAGACAUUUUGCUAGUGUUAAUUUCCCCUGUGUAUGGAGACUCUUGGGACACCCUGUAAGCACCAUGAAGUCUGAUUGAUCAUCCCUUUCCUGUCCUAUACUAUUGUAAUGAUGAUAAAUUUCUGCACAAGUAUUUAUGAUGUCUACGGCAUUCCAGCAUUCGUUUUUUUUGAUUUGGUUUGUGACGACGAGCAAUGUCUGGCCAUGCUCCUUUUAUAUUAAAUAUUACUGCUUGAUCCAAAGCAGAGGAAAUGCACAGUAGACGUUCAGACCUUUUACAGUUGUCCAGUUCAGACAAUGACAGCUUUAUUCCACAAUGAUUAAAGGGUGACAAUGUAACCACAUGUUUCAUCUUGGGUUAUUCACUUUCCUCUAAAGCAAACACAGGUCUUUAGUAACAGUGUAACAGCAGAAUUGUUCUGGAGACUGAUACAAAUGAAAUCACUGACCCAAAGAACAUUUCAGUGAAUAUAAUGGAACGAA